AUGAAUGCAACGGACUGUGAGCACGGAGCGCGAAGCAACAAUCCCAAAGAGAACGCAAAGAUAGUCUUUGAGAAGAGAAACGGUGCUAUAAUAUUUGGGGCUUCCGGUAUCAGACCAAAGGUUAUCCCAGAGGUUGUGCUGUUGCAUUUAUACGUUACUGCGGACACGGGCCAUGAAAGUGAUCUAGAAAACCCAGUCAAGAUCAACGCUGCGAUCAUCGACAACGGUCUGGAAGCCGUCAAGCAUCUAUGCCCGAACCUCGAAAUUGUUUCCCUACAGACGGGCGGAAAGUUCGCCCAGUCCGACGUGUAA